AUGGCCUCGUCACCUUCGCCGCCAAUCGGUCCGAAACUCGCACCUUUCACACCCAGCGGCGACGGAGUGCUCACCCACGCUCUGGAUCUACUGGCCCUCUCACCCAGUGACGUUCUCUUCGACUUGGGCUGUGGGGAUGCGCGGAUGUUGGUGCAUGCGGCCGAGCAAACGGGUGCACGUGGAGUUGGCGUGGAAUACAAUGGAGACUUGGUGAAGCGAGCGCAGGCACGCAUCGAGGAAAGCGGCGUGAUGGACCUGGUGGCUGUCCGACAUGGGGAUGCACUGGAGGUGGAUCUCACGACGGCGACGGCGAUGUUUCUGUAUCUCGUUCCACGAGGAAUCCAACUGCUCUUGCCAAAGUUAGAAGAAGCACGACGGCUGCACGUCCGAUUCGUGACGUACAUGUUUUCGAUCCCUGGCUGGAUACCCACCGACGAGCGCACGUACAAAGGCACAAAAGUCUAUCUCUACAAUUCGUCCGCAUCGACACGACAGUGA